ACAAGUCGUGGAUCCAGAAGUGGUACCUCUACACCAGAACUCACAGCUUCUCAACUUGGGAAAGAUAAAGCUAGAGGGUGGUGCCUCAAAUCAGGAGUCUCCAAACCUUUUUAAAUUGUGUGCCUUUUCUCCAUUAAACAUUUUUCACUUAAUUUCUAGUAAAUACAUGUUUGUGCUAUAUACAUGUACUACUAUAUUAAAUAUUAGCUUGACGUCUUAUUUUAAACACAAAAUAGAUAAGUAUUUUCUUCUCAUAUCCCAAUGGAUUGUCUUGCUCACCUCCCACUUGAAAACUGCUUGCCUAGACCACUGAGCCGUCCUUAUACCUGAGCUGUCUUGAUCCGAACCCUGCUCUUGUCUUCCCCUUUUGGUGCAUUUAUUACAUAGAGGUGUUAUCUCUAGUUCCUGCCCAGGUAGGCCCUGACCUUGUUUCAUACAUUCCAUCUCUCCUUGCCCCAGAACCCUGCCUAUACUUACAUCUAAGUCUUACCACCCAUUGGGCAAAUGGCUUCUCCAAGCUCUGUUGUCCUUAUCUGUGAAAUAGGAAUGAUGAUACUAUCCACCGCAGAGGAUUACUAUGGAAACUAAAAGUAAUAUACAUAAAGAACAACAUAGGACCUACUCCACUGAAGAUUCAAAAAUAAACAGAACACCCUUAGUAGGUUGCCAUGUAGGUUAAAAAAAAAACCCUCGCUCCCUGAUGGCACAGUGGUUGAGAACUUGGCUGCUAACCAAAAGGUUAGCAGUUCAAAUCCACCAGCUGCUGCGUGGAAACCCUAUUAGCAGUUCUACUCUGUCCUAUUAGGAUCGCUAUGAGUCAGAAUGGAAAGGGUUUGGAUUUUUAUUUUUAUGUAGGUUUAGCAGUCAGUUUGCAAAUUGGGCAGCACAUCAUGCUGAAUAAAUCAGUGGUCCAGUUAACAUUUUCAUAGUGCUUAUAUACAGUGGUUAAGUGCUUGGCUACUAACCAAAGGUCUGUGGUUCGAACCCACUAGCCACUUCUCUGCAGAAAGGACCUGGGGAUCUGAGCCCCUAAAGAUUACAGCCUAAGAAACCCUAUGGGGCAGCUUUACACUGUCCAACAGGGUCAGAUUGAGUCAUAAUUGACUUGGCACAAAACAAUAUAUAAUUUUAUAAGGGACUUUGAAGAAAAAAAAUUUCUCAUUGACGUUUGCGUCAGAAUACCUCUUAGGGCAGGAUGUGCUCAAACAUCACAGCUGAAAUGGAAACCUUGAGACCAUCACAAAAUCAGUAAGCUGUGAGUACAAGACCUCUGUAGUCUUGGAAACAGGACAUGUUUAUUAAUCAAUUGUUAUCUGAAUGAGUUUUAAGUUCAGUGAAAUUGAUCACCUAAAUACAAUUACGUGACACAGGACAAGCUACUUUUAAAAAGUUACAGUUCAAGGCAUAGCUAGCAUAGCUAUAGGUAUUUAAGACUAUACAUACCUAUACGUACAAAAACCAAACCCAGUGCCGUCGAGUCGAUGCCGACUCAAAGCGACCCUAUAGGACAGAGUAGAACUGCCCCAUAGAGUUUCCAAGGAGCGCCUGGCGGACUCGAACUGCCGACCCUUUGAUUAGCAGCCGUAGCACUUAACUAUUACGCCACCAGCGUUCCCUACCUAUACAUAAAUAUAUGAUUUUACAAACAUAGGGCUCUAACAUUUAAUAAGAUAACCUUUAGUGUAGUACGAAUUGUUCUUAUAAAGCAAAACAAUUUUAUUUCACAAUACUAAGCAAUGAUCGCUUUUGCGGUCAUUACCAUUUUGAGUGGGAGUCGUAGCCCAAUAGCACCCACACGCCCCAGCGCCCCAUUGGGCACUUCGGGGCCCGCGUCAGUUUCCCGCGGCCCCGCCCCCUGCGCUUGUGACGUCUGGGUCGCACCUUAUUCCCCCCGCGCUCGAGCCCGUGACCCGCCGACUCGGUAGCUUCGGCCCGUUGGAGGCUGCUUUGGUCUGGGCAACACGGGCAGAUCGUCUGGAGCCAUGAGGAAGCUAGCUGCUGGCUUCCUUCUCUCAUUCCUGAAGGGUGAGAGGUUCCCGCCUGCUCUGGUGGUCUCUUUGUCCCCGCGAUCAGCCCUGUACUGCCUGAAAGCCCCUCUUUUACGGUUUCCGAAACGCUUUUUCUUGAUAGUCAAGUUAGGUCUGCUCCCUGGCUUCUGAGAUCCUCCCCAAAUCCUUCCCCCUGGGGUCUGACUUUGCCUCUGUCCCUAGAAUCCUCUCCUCCCUGGUCAGCAGAGAUCAUCCCUUCAGGACUCGCCAGUUCCUUCUUUACAAGGGGUCCCGGCUGCUAGUCUGGGUCUGUUCUUUGCCCUGAAUGGAUUUUGGGAUUCGGUCUGUCCAUCUGUGUGUCCCCCACCCUGCAGUGCUGCUCCUGAAUCCAACACCUGCCCCAGCCCAGGAUCUGACUUCAAGCUCCACUCCAGGCAGCCCUCUGUCUCCGAGCGAGUAUCAACGCUUCUUCUCACUGCUGACCCCAACAUGGAAGGCAGAGACUACCUGCCGUCUCCGUGCAACUCACGGUUGCCGGAACCCCACACUCAUUCAGCUGGACCAGUAUGAAAACCACGGCUUGGUGCCUGAUGGUGCUGUCUGCUCCGACCUCCCUUUUGCCUCCUGGUUUGAGUCCUUCUGCCAGUUUACUCAGUACCGUUGCUCCAACCACGUCUACUAUGCCAAGAGAGUCCGGUGCUCCCAGCCUGUGUCCAUUCUCUCACCUAACACUCUCAAGGAGAUUGACACUCCAGCCGAAGUCCCACCCACCACAAUGACCUCCCCCAUCUCAUCACCUGUCACAGCCACAGAGCGACAGGCCUUCCAGCCCUGGCCUGAGCGGCUUAACAACAACGUGGAGGAGCUGCUACAGUCCUCCUUGUCCCUGGGAGGUCAGGAGCAGGUGUCCGAUCGCAAGCAGGAGCAAGGACAGGAGCACAAGCAGGAGCAAGAGCAUAAGCAGGAAGAAGGGCGAGAACAAGAAGAGCAAGAGGAGGAACAAGAAGAGGCAAAGCAGGAGGAAGGACAGGGGACAGAGGAGGGACUGGAGACAGUGUCUGGACUGCAGACAGACCCAGAGUCGAAGUUUCAGUCUGAAUCUUUAUCUUCCAAUCCUUCCUCCUUCACUCCCCGGGUGAGGGAAGUGGAAUCUACUCCUAUGAUGAUAGAGAACAUCCAGGAGCUCAUUCGAUCAGCCCAGGAAAUGGAUGAAAUGAAUGAAGCAUAUGAUGAAGACUCCUGGAAAAAUGCAAACCAUGGCAGCCUCCUGCAGCUACCUCACGUGGAGGCCAUGCUGGUGCUGUGCUAUUCAAUUGUGGAGACCUCCUGCAUCACGACCCCCACUGCCAAGGCCUGGCAGUUCAUGGAGGAGGAAAUCCUUGGUUUCGGGAAGCCGGUCUGUGACAAUCUUGGACGGCGACACACACCUACCUGUGCCCUCUGUGACUUCUGCUCCCUGAAGCUGGAGCAGUGUCACUCAGAGGCUAACCUGCGGCGGCAGCUGUGCGACAGUUCCCACAAAACAGCUUUUGUCAGCCCCUUGCUGUCAUCCCAGAGCGUAUCCGUUGGCACCCAGGCAGGGCCCAAACAAGCAGGUCGCUUUUAUGGGCUGGAUUUGUACGGCGGGCUCCGCAUGGACUUCUGGUGUGGCCGACUUGCCACAAAGGGCUGUGAAGAUUCUCGAGUUGCUGGCUGGCUGCAGACUGAGUUUCUUAGCUUCCAGGAUGGAGAUUUCCCCACCAAGAUUUGUGACACAGACUAUGUGCAGUACCCAAACUACUGUGCCUUCAAAAGCCAGCAGUGUCUGCUGAGAAACCAAGAUCGGAAGGUAUCCCGUAUGAGGUGUCUGCAGAACGAAACUUAUAAUGUGAUGACCCAGGCCAAAAGUGAGGAUCUUGUGCUUCGCUGGAGCCAGGAGUUUAGCACCUUGACUCUAGGCCAAGCUGGAUGAGCUGGGGCCAAUCCUGCCCCCACCCUGAAGCCCAGUCUUUCAAAUUCUCCAUCACUCCUAAAUGCCCGUCUGUCAGUUUGUCUCCAGGCUAACUUACAGGUCUCUUAUCUAGCCCUUCCUCAUGUUUUCCUUGGGUUGGGGCAACAGUCCCAGAGAGACCUAUCACGGGAACUCCAUCUACUCUAAAGAAUGUCUUUACAUAAAGCAUUUAUUUUCAGCCUGUGUGGCCUCUGUUGGUUAUGACCCCUAUCUGUAGCACUGUCACCCUAAACCAUGGGAAUCAGCCCCUCCAGCCCCCCAGGUUUAUGGAUCCAUCUGCAGGCAAGAGACUCUCAUGAGAAUGGUAUUCAUGCAAGCAGCCAUCUGCACGAGAAGCAGAAUACCUAAGACAUUAGGAGUUGCAAUUGAGGAAGACAAUAGCUGGGGUCUUGGGGAUCACAUGGGUCAUGAAGAGUAUGUAUGUGUGUCUCCAUUUCUGAAGCCCUGGACCUCAUAAUCUUCAUAUGUAAGUGUUGGCUUGUCCCUCUGUAGGAUAAAGGCCAGAGCCUGACUGGGAUUGUGUCUAGGGGGAUCAACACCAGGGAAGUGUGGAAAACUUGCACUUUAUCAGGAGGGAGGAAACAGCUGUGGCCUAGAGCCCAGGAAACCCUCGACUUGACAUCCAGGAAUUUUCCCAAUUAUCUGAAUGUUGAUAUGAUUAUGCCUUGACAACAUACAUUGAGGUGUGACUCCAGUGUUGGCCUUUAAUAACUUGGAAUUUCCCAAAAGUGUGUUCUGGGCACACAUACAUUUGGGAAACUGUACAAUUGCCCCCCCUUCUAAAGGUUCACAGCACUUUUAAAAACUUAUUAUGGGAACUUUCAAACAUGCACAAAACUAGAAUGGUCUAAUGUACCCCCAUGUACCCUUCACUCUGGUUCAAUUAUCAACAUAUGGUCAACCUUUUAACAGCAUUUUAAAGGCUCUGAGAAGCCCUAUAAUAAAGAAACCUGUUUAGUGUAUCCCAAACUCAUUUGACCACAAUACACCUUUUCACCUACCACCCAAUACUUCAACUUAUUUCGUUUACUGAGCAUCAACAACAUGGCCAGCCCUGUGCUCAGCCAGAGGAUACAGGGACAAGGGGCUGUCCUUGGAGCUGCCUGCCCUCCCAGAGCUCA